AUGUUAUCUAUCUAUCUAUCUAUCUAUCUAUCUAUCUAUCUAUCUAUCUAUCUAUCUAUCUUCAUGUCUAUCUAUCUAUCUAUCUAUCUAUCUCACAAAUUUAUAAUUUUCCCCUCCGUUUAUUUUUCUUUCUUUCUUUCUUUCUUUCUUUCUUUCUUUCUUUCUUUCUUCAAUCUUCAUUUUCUUUCUUUCUUUCUUUCUUUCUUUCUUUCUUUCUUUCUUUCUUUCUUUCUUUCUUUUCUCAGACUAUUUAAAAACUUUGUCAAAAAUACAGAUUCACUUUACAUAUUCCAGGACCAUAACGAACAUGGACAUUUUAGGCCACGAUUUCCCCGACCUGACGGACAUUUGGACAGGAAACUGAACGAACUUGAAGAUCAAAUCAUCAAACUCGAAAAGAAAAUAGACAUUUUGGUAAUGGGCAUCAAUAAAAAUGGUAAGUCACAGAAUAUUUUUCCUCAAAUUCCUUCCUUCAUUCCUUUUUCAUUCCUCUCUAUUUUCCUUCCUUUCUUCCUUAUUUCUUUCUUUUUUCCUUUCCUUCUUUUUGUCUUGCUUCCUUCCUUUUUCUUUCUUCUCUACCACUCUUCCUUGCUUCUUUCUUUCUUUCUUUUUCUUAUUUCUUCCUUAUUUUUUCUUUCUUUUUAUUCCCUCCUUUUUCUUUCUUUCUUUCUUUCUUUCUUUCUUUCUUUCUUUCUUUCUUUCUUUCUUUCUAAAUAUUUAUACCUUUUUGGAAAUCUAUCUAUCUAUUUAUCUAUCUAUCUCACUCUGUUCAUCUAUCUAUCUAUCUAUCUAUCUAUCUCACUCUGUUCAUAUCUAUCUAUCUAUCUCACUCUAUUCAUAUCUAUCUAUCUAUCUAUCUAUCUAUCUAUCUAUCUAUCUAUCACACUCUAUUCAUAUCUAUUUCACUUUGUUCAUAUCUAUCUAUCUAUCUAUCUAUCUAUCUAUCUAUCUAUUUCACUCUGUUCAUAUCUAUCUAUCUAUUUCACUCUGUUCAUAUCUAUCUAUCUAUCUAUCUAUCUAUCUAUCUAUCACAGUCUCUGUUCAUAUCUAUCUAUCUAUCUAUCUAUCUAUCUAUCUAUCUAUCUAUCUAUCACAGUCUCUGUUCAUAUCUAUCUAUCUAUCUAUCUAUCUAUCUAUCUAUCUAUCUAUCUAUCUAUCUAUCUAUCUAUCAACUCAUUUUGA